GUCGAACUCAACCUGUGAGACAUGGUAAACGUGGAAGUGCCUGCCAUGGCGCCGGUGACACACUCAACACCGCCGUGGUGGGCGGCGAUGGUGGGAUCUGCUGUAGAAUGUCGGCGCUAGAACUCUUUAGCGUGACGGUGUUGGGCAGUGCCAAGAGUGGCAAAACCACCUUGAUUAAUGCCUUCAUCAGCCAUUCCUUCCUGGCGGUGCCGGAGGAGACGUUGGCCCCAGAGCUCUACUACAAGACGAUGAGCGUGCCGGCGCCCAGUGGAACCUCUGCGCCUCCGAUUCCCAUCUUGGUGGAGAUCGAGGACACCUUCGCACCCAGCGCGGAGGGCGUGGGUCUCAUGGAGCAGUUCUUGACCUCGCAGCGUGAUCAUGUGAAGAGUGAACACUUGGAGCUCUUGGCCGGCUUCAACCUGCCUGAGGCUGGCGAGUAUCGGCCGCUCUCCAAGACCAGGAUGGGCUUUCUGUUGGUCUUCGACGUCUGGUCCGAGGCCUCGCUCCAGGAGGCCAUCAAGCUGCAUCGUGGCCUCCAAGACCACGGGGGUGCCGAUGGUUCCGUCCUGUGCCUGGUGGGCAACAAGGCAGACCGGGCGGCCGGUGCCCAGGAGCAGAUCAGGGCGGCACAAAGGUAUGCCGCAGAGAAUGAGCUGAUGUUCUUCCAAUUGGCCGCCACGGACUUGCGAAAGGUGCGUUUGCUCUUUCGCCAGCUGCUCAGUGCCAUCUACGCCAAGCCGCAGCUCUGGAGGUUGGACCGGCCGCGGCGGAGGGUGGGCAGUCGUGUGGAGGAGAUCGACCACGUGGACUACGACGACGGCGGGAACCCCGUGGAGGACACCGAGGCGCUGGAGCAGGAAGCCCGGCAAGCCGAGGAGGCGCUCCGGCACCUGGAGGCGACGCGGGCUCCAGAGCGGAGGGAUGAGGUCCCCACGGCGGAGAUGGCCGGUCCAGAGGGAGCUCGGGAGGAGGACCUGGCGGAGAUGCCACCGGAGGAGCAUGCAGCAGAUGAGGUGCCCAGCGAGCCAGCGGCUCAGACCGCCGAGCGCCCACGCAGCUCGGUGCCCAUGGUGGUGCGCAAGGUGCCGGACCCGACGGAGGAGGAGGUGAGGAGUCCUCGCGGUGCGGCGGUGGAGCACGAGGUACCACCCCAAAUCCACGAGCCGGCGCCGAUGCCAGAAGAAGGUGGACCGAGCGGGGUGGGAGACACGCUGAGCUCUCUGAUGGGCAAGCUGCCAUUCAGCUGGACGAGUCAAGAUGAACCAGAUGCGAAGACGGGUGAAGCUGCCGCUGUGGUUGAAGCGACAGACACGACAGACACCUGGAGCGCUCUUUGGGGCAAGCUGCCAUUCGGGCAAGAGACCUCAAAGGGAGAAGCGCGAGCUCGUCCUGAAGCUGAGGCGCCACACCGGUGCCAGGCUCGCGAGCCUGAGCCUUCCGGUGGGAUCGAGCGAGGUUGGAUGCCAUCCUUCUUCACCUGACGAG